AUGCAAGAACCAGUAGCCGAUGAUAUUAUCAACUUUGCAAAUGAACAACUUUCACAUAGCUAUGGAGAUACUUGUAGAUUGAUUGAAUGGGUUGACUCUAGAUCACUUAAAUCUAAAAACAUAAAGAAACGUGUCAUUGUAAUGGGUACCUAUAGAAUAUUAUCUAUUAAAAGGGGUAAACUUGGUCUAUCUUUAAAUCAUGAAAUACAUUUCUAUGAUUUAAAUGAAAUUGUAGUGACUGAAGGAUGCGUUGAAUUGAGAGCACGUAAUCAACAACGAUUUGGUAUUAUCAUUCGAUCGUCAACAGAGUCAUUACAAAAGUUAGUGUACCACAUUCGAAAUACUCAUCGAUACAUGACACACUCAUUCCCAUCGGAAUUAAGAACACUUAAAUUAAAUGGUUCUGCUGUUGAUACACUUACCCCAUUACCAGAAAAAGUAAUUGGACCAGCUGAUGGAUUUAGUGAAGUUUAUAAAGGACUUUGUAAUUAUAAAAAGUCACCUCCAUCAACUGAAGUAUGUCGAUUGGUGACAAGAUACUAUGCCGAUAGAAUCACUGAUUUUGAUUUAAACAAGUGUCCUGGAAUUGAAGGAAAAGGUGAAAUGGGAAGUGUCGAACAUCUCUUUCAAGCAUUGGAAAAUAACCUAGUCAUGUCAUCUGCCAUUGAAUAUUUAAAUCUAAGUACUAGUAAAUUUGAAGAUGUUGGUUCAAGUGUUUGUGGUAGAUGGAUUUAUAAAGUUCAAAAUAAUUAUAGUUUAAGAAGAUUAUAUUUAUCAUCAUGUCAAUUACAUUUAAUUUAUCUUGGUAGUUAUUUGAAGCAAUUGUGUGAUAUCAAGACGAUGGAUUUAUCGAAAAAUAAAUUGGAAAAGGCCGAGAUUGAAGAGAUUAAUUCAUUGUUGAGUCGAUCCAAUGGGUUGGAGGUGUUUAACCUGUCGGGAUGUAAUAUCAACAAUGAAGAGUAUUCUCUUAGAAGAAAUGAAAAUAUUAAAAUAUUAAAACUUGAUGCUAAUUUUUCUGGUUCACCAAAUGAAGGAAUAGAAUUUAUAAGUGAAGUGAAAUCAUUUUUAUCAACAAAGAAAUCAUUGACAACAUUGUCAUUGGCGGGAUGUCAAUCGAAUCAUUUAACACAGGCAUUGUUGAAACCACUGUUUAUGUAUUUAGAACAAGAAGAAAACUCGUUAGAGUGCCUUAAUAUUGGUAGUAAUAUGUUGGGUGAUUUGGCAUCGGUCGAUAUUGCCAAUAUGCUCGAAAAGAACGACCGACUUAAAAGCUUGGAAGUAGACAAUAACCUGUUUACGAUAAAUGCAUAUCAAACUAUCAUGUUGGCACUUCAAAACAAUCGGUCGUUGGUUAAUUUCUCAUUCCCAUCGGUUGAUUUUGAAAGAGCCAUCUCUAUGCUACCAACCAACAAAAAGUGUCUAUUGUUCUCGGUCAUUCACAAGAUCCAAGCCAUCCUCGAAGAGAAUGGGUUAUGGUAUGAACACUCUGAACAUUACUAUCCAACUCCAACCAAACAAACCUUUAGACCUGUCACUGUACACGGUGGUGUCAGUAACAGUAACCCAAAUACCCCAUCAUCUUCAUUUGAUAUAAAAGAUUUAGCUAAUCUUCCACCUCAACAACAACCAUCUCAACAAUUACAACAACAACAAAGAAAUGGAAGUAUUGGUAGUAAUAGUAAUGGUGGUAGUUUAGGAGGAGGAGGAGGAGGAGGUGGAAAUCAUGAUUCUUCACUUCAACAAAGAAAUGAAUUAAAUGAAAAGAUUGCUAACGAACAACAAUUACAACAUUUACAAAAACUAAGAUCACAAACUAAACUAACACCAAGAAGUUUAGUUGAUUCUAUUGAUAUUGUUAUGGCAACUCUUCAAGAUGCUGGUCUCUAA